GGCGAGGCGAGCGGCGCGCGCUCUCGUGGCCUCGCUGUCCGGCGGCGCCAACUGAAGCGCCGCGCUCGCAGUCGACAUGCUGCGCCGCUCUCUGCUCUUCCUGGCCCUGGCCGUGCUGGCCCGCGCGGGCGCUGAGCCCGAGGAGGAGGACAAUGUCCUGGUGCUCCGCAAGAGCAACUUCGAGGAGGCGCUGGCGGCCCACAAGUACCUGCUGGUGGAGUUCUAUGCCCCCUGGUGCGGCCACUGCAAAGCCCUGGCCCCCGAGUACGCCAAAGCGGCCGGGAAGCUGAAGGCGGAGGGCUCGGAGAUCAGACUGGCGAAGGUCGACGCCACGGAGGAGUCCGACCUGGCCCAGCAGUACGGCGUCCGCGGCUACCCCACCAUCAAGUUCUUCAAGAACGGGGACACGGCCUCCCCCCGAGAGUACACAGCUGGCAGAGAAGCCGACGACAUCGUGAACUGGCUGAAGAAGCGCACGGGCCCCGCGGCCACCACGCUGCCGGAUGGGGCCGCCGCGGAGGCCUUGGUGGAGUCCAGCGAGGUGACGGUCAUCGGCUUCUUCAAGGACGUGGAGUCGGACGCCGCCAAGCAGUUCCUGCUGGCAGCGGAGGCUGUCGACGACAUCCCCUUCGGGAUCUCGUCCAGCAGCGACGUGUUCUCCAAGUACCAGCUGGCCAAGGACGGCGUCGCGCUCUUCAAGAAGUUCGACGAAGGCCGGAACGACUUCGAGGGAGAGGUCACCAAAGAGAAGCUGCUGGAUUUCAUCAAGCACAACCAGCUCCCGCUGGUCAUCGAGUUCACCGAGCAGACGGCCCCGAAGAUCUUUGGCGGCGAGAUCAAGACGCACAUCCUGCUGUUCCUGCCAAAGAGCGUGUCCGACUACGCGGGCAAGCUGAGCGACUUCAAGAAAGCCGCGGAGAACUUCAAGGGCAAGAUCCUGUUCAUCUUCAUCGACAGCGACCACGCCGACAACCAGCGCAUCCUGGAGUUCUUCGGCCUCAAGAAGGAGGAGUGCCCGGCCGUGCGCCUCAUCACCCUGGAGGAGGAGAUGACCAAGUACAAGCCCGAGUCCAACGAGCUGACCGCGGACAAGAUCACGGACUUCUGCCGCCGCUUCCUGGAGGGCAAGGUCAAGCCGCACCUGAUGAGCCAGGAGCUGCCUGAGGACUGGGACAAGCACCCCGUGAAGGUGCUGGUCGGGAAGAACUUCGAAGAGGUUGCGUUCGACGAGAAGAAGAACGUGUUUGUGGAGUUCUACGCCCCGUGGUGCGGCCACUGCAAGCAGCUGGCGCCCAUCUGGGACAAGCUGGGGGAGACGUACAAGGACCACGAGAACAUCGUCAUCGCCAAGAUGGACUCGACGGCCAACGAGGUGGAGGCCGUCAAAGUGCACAGCUUCCCCACGCUCAAGUUCUUCCCCGCCGGCGCGGACCGCACGGUCAUCGACUACAAUGGGGAGCGGACGCUCGAGGGCUUCAAGAAGUUCCUGGAGAGCGGCGGCCAGGACGGGGCCGGCGAUGACGACGACCUGGAAGACCUGGAGGAGGCAGAGGAGCCCGACCUGGAGGAGGACGAGGACCACAAAGCUGUGAAGGACGAGCUGUGAGGGCAGACCGAACGGGCGCCCCGCCCCUCGGGCGCCGCACCCCCCAGCUCCACCGCCGGCCGCGCCCCCCGGGAGGACGGAGCCCGCUCGGAAACACAGGGGACUCUCUGACGCGACACCUCGCCCUCACACUCACGUCCGCCAACGCCCGUCCCUCCCUCUGCUUCUCAGGCCCCGGGCGGGGCUGCCCCGGGCCUCGGCGCGGUGGGACGCCCGCGUGCCGUCUGGCCUGCAGCGGCCGGGACUCGCGGGCUCGCUCGGGCAGUGCCGCCUCCCCGUCCUCCUGGCACUUCGGCGAGAUCCCGCCUGGGGGUUUCUGGACAUUUCGGGGUAUCAGGGUGUCUGUGCGUCCCGCCUCGGCCGGGCCGCCCCGGGGACAGAUGUCCCCGAACGGAGAGGGACUGCACCAGCCGGACGGGCCCCUCCCACCUGUGCCAGUGUUGCCACGACCGUGUGUGGUUCCCACGCAGUCUGGUCGGCGCAGACCCCAGGCCCUCUGUCCCCGGGGCCCUGCCACAACACUGGGGCCGUGGCCGCCGGCUGGGCCCAGAUAGGGCCCCUCCCAUAGCCAGCUCCCGGCUGCCCCGCGCCCAGCAGAGCCCGGGCCCCCGCCUCCGGGCCGGGCAGCAGCCGGGGGUCUCGACCCUGCCGGCUGUCAGCAGCUCUGCGGGCAUCUCUCCCACACGACGAAUUGGGACACAUUGGCCAAAUAAAGUGGAAAUUCACUGCC